AUGAUUACAGCCAUUGCGAAUGAAUUCUUCCAUGCUGUUGAAUAUAAUCAGUUAAGAUGGGAGCCCGUCACCACUGCUUGGCCCACAGGGUUGGUGACCGGUGCUUAUUAUUCGCAUCUUCUACAAUUUCCAUUCCAGGAAAUACUGCUGGAGGGGCAGGUGCUUGGGAAAGCGUCAUUAUGGGAUCAAACCUAUCCCCCAGAUGGGUUGAAUCAUUAUGAUCCAAAUUUGCAGUCCCAAAGCGAUCCUGAUCUCGCAAUAGUCAACUGUGGGGAAUCAUCACACAGCACGGAAAUAUUCCUACGGGGAUGGCCCGAUCAGGCACUUGACACUGUUUGCGGUUGGGGCUCCAGCGAACAGCAUACCCGACGAGUUCGGAAGGAAUUCGCUGAAAUACUGAACACAUAUCAAGUGGAAACGCUGAAUGAUGCAGGCUGCGGUGAUCUCGCUUGGAUGAGCACGAUAGAUCUGCGGGGGAUCGACUAUGUCGGCUAUGAUAUUUACGAACGUGCCAACUGGGCCGAGCUACGACAACGUGGUUAUCAACUGGAAAUUCUUGAUAUCACAGCAAAUGAAUCACGCCUAGCUGACCUUUUUGUCUGUCGUGAUGUUUUCAUUCACCUACCCAACGACAUGAUUCUUCCGGCGUUAGAGCGAUUCCGUCGCUCGGCCUCGUUACUUCUCACCACGAGCUAUACUGCCGACCCUAGUACGAGUGAAAAGAAGUUCUCCAACUUCCAACGAAUGAAAGAGCCAAGCCUACAUCACGCAAAGCUCGAUCUGACUCUACCUCCGUUCAAUCUCGGCCAUCCGCUUAUUCGUAUCCCUGAGGACUCGCCUAACAAAUACCUUGGACUGUGGGACAUGACUCGCCUACCAAAUGUCCCGUGA